UCUGCUAUCUGGGAUCGCUCUAUUGGAGGUGAAGGACCGCCUGUCCCCUCUCUGCCUGGGCUGUCAAUGGCUUUCGGGACGUGUUUUAUUUGAAUGUCUGGGCGAUAUAAGUGACCAAUAAUGGAUAUUCUAUGGAUAUUAUGGACCAUACCGGCCGUAAUAGCUGUUGAAGAGACACUUAUGGACUCCACUACAGCCACAGCGGAGCUCGGCUGGACGGUCUACCCCGUGUCAGGCACGAGUGACAAUAGCUGGGAGGAGGUGAGCGGGUAUGAUGAAAACAUGAACACCAUCCGGACGUACCAGGUCUGCAAUGUUUUCGACAACAAUCAGAACAACUGGGUACGGACAAAGUACAUCCGCCGUCGUGGCGCUCAGCGGAUCCACGUGGAGAUGAAGUUCUCGGUGAGGGACUGCAGUAGCAUUCCCAACGUGCCAGGCUCCUGUAAAGAGACGUUUAACCUGUAUUACUAUGAAUCUGACGCCGACACAGCCACCAGGACCUCGCCGGCCUGGAUGGAGAAUCCCUGGAUCAAAGUCGACACCAUUGCGGCAGAUGAGAGCUUCUCUCAAGUGGACCUCGGGGGCAGAGUGAUGAAGAUCAACACUGAGGUUCGGAGCUUCGGCCCGGUGUCACGAAACGGCUUCUACCUGGCCUUCCAGGACUACGGCGGCUGCAUGUCGCUCAUCGCUGUGCGAGUCUUUUACCGGAAGUGCCCCCGAAUCAUCACCAACGGGGCACUGUUCCAGGAGACGCUCUCAGGAGCGGAGAGCACCUCCCUGGUGGCUGCAAGAGGUGUUUGCAUCCCCAACGCAGAGGAGGUGGAUGUGCCCAUUAAGCUGUACUGCAACGGAGAUGGAGAGUGGAUGGUACCCAUUGGACGCUGUAUGUGCAAGGCUGGGAACGAGGCUGUCGAGAACGGGACUGUUUGUCGAGCCUGUCCAUCAGGCUAUUUCAAGCCGACUCAAAAAGAUGAGCCCUGUAUGCAGUGUCCUAUCAACAGCCGCACCACCAGCGAAGGCGCCAUCAACUGCGUUUGCCGCAACGGAUACUACCGCACCGACUCAGAUCCUCUCCAGAUGCCAUGCACAACCGUCCCCUCAGCUCCUCAGACCGUUAUCUCCAGCGUGAACGAAACCUCUGUGAUGCUGGAGUGGACGUCUCCUCGGGAUUCGGGGGGCCGCGAGGACGUCGUCUUUAACAUCAUCUGCAAGAGCUGCGGCGGAGGCCGGGGAGGCUGCACCCGCUGCGGGGACAACGUUCAGUUUGUGCCCCGUCAGCUGGGCUUGACGGAGCCCCGGGUCUUCAUUAGUGACCUGCUGGCCCACACACAGUACACGUUUGAGGUGCAGGCUGUCAACGGGGUGUCAGAUCAGAGCCCCUACUCCCCUCAGUACGCCUCAGUCAACAUUACCACUAACCAGGCUGCUCCGUCCACAGUAUCCAUAAUGCACCAGGUCAGCCGCACUGUGGACAGCAUCACCCUCUCCUGGUCCCAGCCUGACCAGCCGAACGGAGUCAUCCUGGACUAUGAGCUGCAGUAUUAUGAGAAGGACCAAUCAGAAUAUAACGCUACAGCCGUCAGGAGCCAGACCAACACAGCGGUCAUCCGCGGCCUCAAGCCAGGAAGCAUCUACGUGUUCCAGGUCCGGGCCCGCACCGUCGCCGGCUUCGGACGCUACAGUGGCAAACUGUACUUCCAGACCAUGACUGAGGAGGAAUACAACACCAGUAUCCAGGAGAAGCUACCUCUCAUUAUUGGCUCGGCAGCUGCUGGGUUGGUCUUCCUCAUCGCUGUGGUCGUCAUCAUCAUCGUCUGUAACCGGAGGCGUGGCUUUGACAGGGCUGAUUCAGAAUACACGGACAAGCUGCAGCACUACACCAGCGGCCACAUGACUCCAGGAAUGAAGAUUUAUAUUGAUCCGUUCACAUAUGAGGACCCCAACGAGGCUGUGAGGGAGUUUGCCAAGGAGAUUGAUAUAUCCUGCGUGAAGAUUGAACAGGUCAUUGGUGCAGGAGAGUUUGGAGAGGUGUGCAGCGGGAACCUGAAGCUCCCGGGUAAAAGGGAGAUGUUUGUGGCCAUUAAAACUCUGAAGUCUGGCUACACUGAGAAGCAAAGACGGGACUUCCUCAGCGAGGCCAGCAUCAUGGGCCAGUUUGACCAUCCUAACGUCAUCCACCUGGAGGGCGUGGUCACCAAGAGCAGUCCUGUCAUGAUCAUCACUGAGUUCAUGGAGAAUGGAUCUCUGGACUCCUUCCUCAGACAAAACGACGGGCAGUUCACUGUGAUCCAGCUUGUUGGUAUGCUCCGCGGCAUCGCCUCGGGCAUGAAAUACCUGGCCGACAUGAACUACGUGCACCGCGACCUCGCUGCCCGAAACAUCCUGGUCAACAGCAACCUUGUGUGCAAGGUGUCGGACUUCGGUCUGUCGCGCUUCCUGGAGGAUGAUACAUCAGACCCCACCUACACCAGUGCUCUGGGAGGGAAGAUUCCUAUCCGAUGGACUGCGCCCGAAGCUAUCCAGUACAGGAAGUUCACCUCUGCCAGCGAUGUGUGGAGCUAUGGGAUCGUCAUGUGGGAAGUCAUGUCCUACGGAGAGAGGCCUUACUGGGACAUGACCAAUCAAGACGUCAUCAACGCCAUAGAGCAAGACUACCGGCUGCCCCCACCCAUGGACUGUCCCAGCGCGCUGCACCAGCUCAUGUUGGACUGCUGGCAGAAGGACCGCAACAACCGGCCCAAGUUCAGUCAGAUCGUCAACAACCUCGACAAGAUGAUCCGCAACCCCAACACGCUAAAGGCCAUGACCCCGUUAUCUUCAGGUGUUCAUCUCCCUCUCCUGGACCGCAGCAUCCCAGACUUCUCCAGCUUCAGCACUGUGGACGAGUGGCUGGAUGCCAUCAAGAUGGGCCAGUACAAAGACAAUUUCGCCAGCGCUGACUUUUCUACAUUUGAUGUGGUGUCCCAGAUGACCAUGGAUGACAUCCUGAGGGUGGGGGUGACGUUAGCGGGCCAUCAAAAGAAGAUCCUCAACAGCGUCCAGAUGAUGCGGGCACAGAUGAACCAGAUCCAGUCGGUGGAGGUUUGACCCUCCCGAGCGGAGCAGAGGGGGGUAAAAAAAAAAAAAAAAAAGAAGAAAAAAAAAAGAAAAAGGCGGUUGGGAUGCAGGGCUCUGGGUGCGGAGGAUGGAGUGGAUGUUUUUUCGCGUUACAGUGUGUCUGGUCUUCCCACCGGACUACCAUUCAUCCCCCGUUCCCCCUCUCCACUUCCCUCUCUCCUUCCUCUCACCCCCUCACCCUGACUCUCCCUCCAUCUUUGGGAUCAGCUGUGGAGAGUUGUGGAAACUAGUCCAUGUGAUGAGGACCCACAGCCGACCCACCUUUGGAGCCAGAAACACGGGAGGUUAGAAGUGACCAGCAACACAUGUUUUUUUCAAACUUCCACCAGUUUUCAUUUGAUGUUGAACAUUUUUAUUUUUUUUCGGUUUGUUUGUUCUGAUAAUUUUGUAAAGAAUUUUUUAAAGGACAAAAAAAAGAAAAACUGAGAAAAGGCAAGGAGUUUAUCUAAAUUUAUAGAUGAUAUAAGCUUGUACGCUAGACGAACUGAGUAGGAAAGCUACCCUUUAAAAGGGCGAGAAAAAAAAAGAAGAAAACAAAGGAAGAGUUGAGGAGGUCGUCCUCAACGAAGGUGUGGAUAUUGUCUUUGCAUCUUUUUAAUUUUGGACAUCACGAGGAAACGCAGAGUCCUCCGCGGCCUUCUGACACCGCAGAGGAGACCGAGGGACCCGACGUGCACUCCCAUGUUUCCCCAAGGAGAGAAAAUAAAUUAAAAAACCAUGAAAUGGGACGUUUGGCAUAGACUGAUGUCAAAAAUCAUUCUGAAAACUCACAAGAAAAAAGAAAAAACAACUUUUUUUUUCAUUGCAAGUAAUUUUCUAUAUUGUGUGAAAUUUUGUGAUGAAGAAUUCCGUCUCACCAUGCUUCCUCUCACUGUAGACAAAUUUCUCUUUUCGUUCACGGUGAAAUAUUCACAGCCUGCCAAAUGGAACUCUUCCCAGUCACGAUCCUGUACUGUACAUAUCAGACGCACUCGACCUGCCAUAACGCAACGACUCAGAAACUGAAACAACUGAAACGACAGGGAGGAUUGAAGUUGUUGUCACCGUCACUUCCUGUCUUUAUUCUGUGGAAAAAAAAAAAAAGCUUGUGGAGAAAAAAAAACAACAACAGCAAACACAAAAAGUAACAGGUUCUACUGUUUACAUCCACAUACAUGUGGUGUGUACCAUUACAGCAUCUUCCUUCAUCUCCAACACACACACACACACACACACACACACACACACACGCCACAUGCACAGUGGCUCCCGAAGCGUCGGGACUCGUGUUUGAUAGCAUGCUGAGUGAGUGGUUAAUUUCACAGUGCUUUGAUUUGCUGCAAUUACUAGAACUCUGUUUGGUAAGAGCUUGGAUUUGACACACUUUACGGAGUAUAAUGUGGCUGCAUUAUAUUCAGCGUUUCUUCUUCUUCCAGUUUUUCCUUUUUUGAAAAGACGUUUUUAUGUUUAAAGUAUUAAAGUUUUGAUACCACACAUGUUUAUUUUACACACACACACACACACACUCACAUACAAACACACACAGUCAUGAAUAGACUUUACAAUCAGGCGUUUGUUGAAUUAAAAAACAAAAAUGCAACGUGUUAUAUUUUUGCAAUUUCUGUAUGGAUAUUAUUGAAUUGUUAUUAUUAUUACUUUUAGUUUUUUUUUU